AUGACUUCAUCCAUGUCCCUAGAACAUUUAGUUGGCGCGGACGAGGAAGAAGUAGACCUCGGGGUCGACCGACCACUGCAGGAUGUCUUGUACAAUCACAGCUACAAGCAGGACCACCACGACCAAGACGUUACUGCAUACGUUGUGCAAGACGUCGCCGAUCAAGAUGACGCCGAUCAAACUGACCCCUCCCUGAUCUACCAAAUAAAUCGACCGAUGUACACGGAGCGAGGUUUCCACACAGAAUAUAAAGAGAACGAGUUCGAAUAUGUGCCAUGCCGUCAGAAAAUUGAAACUAUGGUUAAGAAGUGUCGAUGCGGUUCUCGUUGUUGUAAAGGUUGCAUGGUGUCAACGGCGCCAAUCUUAGGUUGGCUACCCCGGUACGUGAUUCGAACCCAGUUAUUAGCAGAUAUUGUAUCGGGCAUAACAGUCUGCGUUAUGAACAUACCGCAAGGUAUGGCAUAUGCUAUGUUGGCAUCAUUACCUCCAGUACAUGGUCUAUAUCUGGGUUUCUUUGCACCAAUUAUAUAUGCACUGACAGGCACAUCUAAACAGCUAGCAAUGGGUACUUAUUCUGUUCUUAGCAUACUGGUAGGCACAGCAAUAGAAAGCGCCGUACCUCUAUAUCCCGACGAUAUGGAAGAACCACCUACCAACGGUAUGUAUUUCAAUAAUACAGAAGCAACCGCUAUACCAGAGUGGGACAGACAACAAGAACUGAUAGAUGCUGCUAUUAUAUUGGCACUCCUGGUUGGAAUUAUACAGUUAUCUAUGGGUAUUCUGCGCCUUGGCUGGGUUACUGUAUAUCUAUCGGAUCCCUUUAUCAAGGGAUAUACUACAGGAUCUGGUGUCCACGUGUUCACGAGCCAAAUAGAUAAUAUACUUGGAGUCAAAGUCGGUAGUUAUGAUGGCCUAGUGAAACUGUAUUACGUGUAUCGAGACAUAUUUACAGGGAUAGAGGAAUGGAAUUGCGUGACUAUACUUCUAUCAAUUAGCUGUAUUCUUGUUUUAAUAUUCAUCAAAGAAGUAGAGUCGAAAUUUAAGAAGCACCUACAUGGAUUUCCUUUAGGGGGAGAGUUAGUUGUCGUCAUACUUGGUACAUUAUCUAGCUACUUCCUAAAUUUAGAAGCGAAUCACAAUGUCGAUGUUGUUGGAGAGAUACCUGCUGGGUUACCCGCACCGAGUCUCCAAUCAACUAAAUAUCUCACCUCCAUGAUUGGUUCUGCUUUCCCGAUUGCAAUAGUAUCAUAUUCAAUUGCUGUUGCCAUGGCGUCGUUAUUUGCCCAGAAGAAAAAUUAUGAAAUCGAUGCAAACCAGAUUGCAGGAUUAGUAAACAGUGCAUUGAUGUUGGUAGUGCUAUUGUGGAUUGGACCUUUAUUUGAGACUCUUCCAACGGCUGUACUUGCUUCUAUUAUAAUUGUGGCAUUAAGAGGAAUCUUCCGACAACUUCUUGAUCUUCCGACACUCUACAAGUAUGACGUCAUUGACUUUGGCGAUAUUAAAAGUGAUAUCCCCCCCCAGGCUGUUUGGUGUGUUAGCUGCCUAGCGGUUAUACUAUCUAAUGUGGAUAUAGGACUGUUAAUUGGAGUGGGAUUCACUAUAUUCGCACAUGUCUGGAGAACACAAAGACCGCAUUGUACAUUACUGGGUAGAAUACCAGGAACAGAUCUUUACAAAGAUAUUAAGUGGUAUUCCAGUGCAAGAGAGAUUCCAGGAAUCAAAAUAUUCUGUAUGCAGGCAUCGCUGUAUUAUGCAAAUGUCGCUCAUUUCAAGUCAAAGGUGUAUAAACUGACAGGGUUAAAUCCAAAGAAAACAUUCCAGUUAAAGUCCAGACAGCAACAAUAUGAAAAUUCGGGGAAAAAAGGAAUCAAGGAAAGUGAAAAUAAAAUCGCACACGUAAAUGAAAGUGAGCAGAAAUACACACCUUCCCAGAAGGCUGAGCGCUCUCGUCAAUUGUCCACCCCUGCCAUAGAUCACCUGAUCAAUAUUGACCGGAAAACAUCAAAGGACGACGGUGAACAUGGCGAUCACGUGACCAAGUUUGAAGAUAUCCAGUCGCCCGGAUGUAACAUCCACACGAUUAUUAUCGACUGUUCUCCGGUUAGUUUUAUAGAUUCUACAGGGUUAAAUGGACUAAGACAACUUGUCAACGAAUUCCGACAAGUAGACAUUACGGUGUUGCUGACACAUUGCAGAAAGAGCGUCCGUGAUUUUCUUUCAAAAGGUAAUUUUCAUGAGAAAGUUGGAAGCAAAGGCGAGAGUUGUAUAUUUGUUACUAUCCAUGAUGCUGUUCUAUAUUCUACGGCUGAGGUUUUCAAAGCAAAGGCCAAAGAAAAGAAAAUCCACUCAAUGACGAGGAACGCUAAUAUGACAACACCUGCAUCGACGACCGUUAAUAGUUACCAGCCCGAGAACGCCGAUGUUCAGAUGACCAAACUGUAG